GGGGGGACCCGGGCAGGCGCUGCUAUCAGCGAAAGGAUCCAGUGUGCCGGAACAGAAGGAGCAGUCUUCUCCAUCCCCUAUAGAUAUAAAAUGAUCUUUCUCUCUAAGACGUAUCAGCGGACUUGCCAGUAGCCUAGUAAUUUUUUAGUUCUAUAAUACGAUAUCAUACAGUCCACGAUAUUAGAUUAGUAAUCGGCGGGGGUUAUAAUGCUACCGUCUUCAUCAUCGGGGCUGGUGCAGAUGGAAGGAUGUGGGACGGAGGCGAGAGAUACCCAGAAAAUGCAGUGCAAGAGACUGACUGAAGAGAGAGAUGAAGCAGAGAGCCAGCUGAAACACAUCAAGAGAGUUUCCCAAAUGGUGAUCGAGGAGGUGAGCGUCCUACAGACUCAGCUGGAGAUAGAGAAAUCCUGCAGAGAGAAUGCUGAGGCCCUUGCCACCAAGUUGAACAGUGAGAACAGGAAGCUGAAGUAUCUGAGCCUGUCGUCUCGACCCUGUCUGGAUGAGAUGCUGCCUAGCAUUACAGACUGCAUUCCUCUGGAAGAGGAGACAGACAUACAGGACACCAGCCCUGACCCGUACAGCCAGUACCAACAGCAGGUUAAAGAGCUCCAGGAGACAGUGAGCAGUCUGCUGGAGGAGAAGAAGAGGCUUGCCUGUCAGCUUCAGGAGCAGCAGAGACAGGUUGAAGAGCUAACAGCCCUGGCUGAGAAGGAGCAGGCUGAAAUGAAGGAGCUUCGCAAAACCAUCGAGCAGCAAAGCAAGAUCAUCAAGAGGUUCAAUAGAGUGUCUGUGAUGGCUACUACAGAGUAUGAGGAGAUGAAGGAGCAGCUGGAUUUGGAGCAGAGCCUGAGGGUGAAGGCUGAGACGUAUGCCCACGAGAUGUUGGUGAAGCAGAAAGAGGCUAACAGACAGAGUAUGAUCCUGCUGCAGAACGCUGACCCCAGCCUUCAGCUCAUCAAGGCUCUGGAGGACGUGGCUAAUGUUACCAAGACUCUGGAGCAUGAGAGACUGCUGCAUCACCAGAAGGUGAAGGCUCUGGAGACUGAGCUACAGGAGGACACGUUGAAACAGCAGACAGCAGAGCUGCAGAGCCAGCUGGAACUGAUAGAGGAAGAGAAGAGAGAGACAGAGGGACGUCUGCAGGACGUAGAGAAGAAGAACUGUGACCUGGAGAAAAGAGUGCAAGAGCUGCUGCAGGUCCAGAAGAACACUGUGCCCUCACCAGGCCCUGAACCAGGGACCGCCCCACCCCCCGCCCCUGUUCCCCAGCCCCCUCCACCCCCACCACCACCCCCUCCCCCUCCUCCACCCCCUCCCCCAUCGCGAUGCAACCCCCUCAGCUCACUGAUUGCAAUCAUGAGGAAAUCAUCCAAGGGUUCAAAGGGGGCAUCCCCGAAGUUGGAGCAAGCUCCUGAUGGAGGUGCAGAAGGAGGUACAGAUGACGUCAAAGUGAAGGCAGUGAAUGAGAUGAUGGAGAGGAUUAAACAUGGAGUGGUUCUGAGGCCUGUCAAGGGAGGAGACACUAAGAGAGUUGCCGUAAAAAAACCUCUAGUAAUUGAAGAAAAGCUGCCACAGGAGAGUGCCAUGGAAGAACUGAAAGGCAUUCUGGAGACGGUGAAGAUGAGUCCCAGUCGGGGGUCUCAGGAGUCGGUCCCGUCCCCCUCAGGGAAGAGCCCUGUCAGCAGUGAGCUGGAGGUCAUCCUUAGGAGGAGACGUAAACAGGCCUGCGACUCUGGAGACGGAGAUGAGAGCAGGGACGGACAAAUAAGCAAGGUGUCCUCCUCUGACAGCCUGAAUGGGAGGCACAGCCAGAGCUCCCACAGCUCCGACAGCUCAGGCAAAGAGCCAGAUGGGCCUGUAGGGCCAGGGCCUGGGCAGAGCCCCAGAGAGCCAGCCUCCCCCAGCGGAAGGGGCCCCGGCCCAGCUGUAGCAGCCAGGCACAGGUCAGACUCUGUCCAAGAGCCCCAAGCAGGGUCCUGGCAGGACAGGAGGCACCGUACUUCUUUGUCUGAGAAAGAGGCCUACUCCGAGGUGCCGGUCACCAAUAGAUGCAUUGUCAGUGGGGAGGAGCCUGAGAAGCAGAAGCCUGAGAAAUGGGCACCACAGUCCAACGGAGUCAGCCACCCUAACCCUAGGCUGAGUGUGGAGUCGGACACGCAUGCCUCACUCUCUCCAAGCGUUUCCGCAGUGCCCAACCCACUCAACGGGAACGGGAGCACGGAUGCAGAGUGUUGAAGGUCGGCUCCAGAGGUCCCUGGCAACCAGGAUUAAGGCUGAGGAAAGCUGCACAAUUUGCACAGAAUCUCAGUUAUCUGCCGUUAGAGACACUUAAUUAAAAAAAGCUUUAGGUUAUUUUAUUUGAUGCACAAACGAUCUCGAUCUGAUGUGGCUUCGCGUCAUCAUCUGAUGGAAUGCACUGUUUUAGAAUCCAACCUUUUUUAUUCGUUUCUCUAUCUCCCUGACCCUGUUAUAGUGAACAGGAAUUUAAUGAUACUUCUAAUCUACAGUAUAGCACAAACUCAUUUGAUGCUAGUUCUGCUUCUUCCUUACUCUUCCUGAAUCUAAAGAAGACACUAUCCUACUACCGUAAGACUUUCAGUAAAGUUACUGUUUACUGUAUGCAGCAGAAGCACCACCUAAACAUCGAUAAAGAACUAUGUUUACCAUCUGGGUCAUCAUUAGCAAAUAGAAUAAAGAUAUUGCACAUUAUGAAGGCACUUUUGCUAUUUCAAACUGGAGCUCUGUUUCAGUUUGUGAACUAUCUUUAAUGUGUAAUCAAUGCAACUACAGCGUAGGGACGC